UCGCGACAAUGGCUAUUCUCAACAAACCAUAAAGAUAUUGGAACACUAUAUUUCAUCUUCGGAGCCUGAGCAGGUAUAGUAGGAACCUCUCUUAGAAUCCUAGUUCGAGCUGAAUUAGGGCACCCCGGAGCAUUAAUCGGAGACGACCAAAUUUAUAAUGUAAUCGUAACAGCCCAUGCUUUCGUAAUAAUUUUCUUUAUAGUUAUACCUAUUAUAAUUGGCGGGUUCGGAAAUUGACUCGUUCCCUUAAUACUAGGUGCACCAGAUAUAGCAUUCCCACGAAUAAACAAUAUAAGAUUUUGGUUACUACCUCCUUCCCUUACACUAUUAUUAGUGAGAAGCAUAGUAGAAAAUGGGGCUGGUACAGGCUGAACAGUUUACCCUCCCCUAUCAUCUGUUAUUGCUCAUGGAGGAGCAUCAGUCGAUCUAGCUAUUUUCUCAUUACACUUAGCCGGAAUUUCCUCAAUCUUAGGAGCAGUUAACUUCAUCACAACAGUAAUCAACAUACGAUCAACAGGAAUUUCAUUCGACCGAAUGCCUCUUUUCGUUUGAGCAGUUGUACUAACGGCUCUAUUACUCUUACUGUCACUACCAGUUUUAGCAGGAGCUAUUACCAUGCUAUUAACAGAUCGAAAUUUAAAUACUUCAUUCUUUGACCCCGCUGGAGGAGGAGAUCCUAUCCUUUACCAACACUUAUUUUGAUUCUUUGGACACCCAGAAGUCUACAUUUUAAUCCUACCAGGAUUCGGAAUAAUUUCUCACAUUAUCAGCCAAGAAUCAGGGAAAAAGGAAACCUUUGGCUCUCUAGGAAUAAUCUAUGCUAUACUAGCAAUUGGUCUUUUAGGAUUUAUUGUAUGAGCCCACCAUAUAUUUACAGUAGGUAUAGAUGUAGAUACUCGAGCUUAUUUUACAUCAGCCACUAUAAUUAUUGCUGUCCCCACAGGUAUCAAAAUUUUUAGUUGAUUAGCCACUUUACAUGGCACACAAUUAAAUUAUUCCCCAGCGAUACUAUGAGCCUUAGGAUUUGUAUUUUUAUUCACAGUAGGAGGAUUAACAGGGGUUGUUCUCGCUAACUCAUCUGUAGAUAUUAUCCUCCACGAUACAUACUAUGUGGUAGCUCACUUCCACUACGUACUAUCAAUAGGAGCCGUAUUUGCCAUUAUAGCGGGGUUUGUUCAUUGAUACCCCUUAUUUACAGGGUUAGUACUAAACCCAACCUGACUAAAAAGCCAAUUUAUUAUUAUAUUCAUUGGUGUAAACUUAACAUUCUUCCCCCAACAUUUUUUAGGAUUAGCGGGAAUACCUCGACGAUAUUCAGACUACCCAGACGCAUACACAACUUGAAAUGUAGUAUCUACAAUCGGGUCAUCUAUUUCUUUACUAGGUAUUUUAUUCUUCCUAUUCAUUAUUUGAGAAAGUCUAAUUACACAGCGACAAGUAAUUUACCCUAUACAACUCAGCUCCUCAAUUGAAUGGCUUCAAAACACCCCUCCAGCUGAACACAGCUAUUCAGAACUGCCUCUUUUAACUAAUUA